AUGGUUGAUCGAGCAAUCAUUCAUAAAUUCAUUGAUGAUGUCCGACGCGAUUUAGACAAGACGACCGUUUCCGACUUCGAUUUCGAUAGCAAGUUGCCUGGUUAUCGCUAUGUGGUUGGAGGAAUUGAGGAGAGUUUGGAACUUGAUCAAAUUAACUUGCAAAAACUAAAAAAGUAUUGCAAAAGUCUGGUGUCGAAUAUAACAGAUUAUUCAGCAGGACAAUUACAGCUUGCCGAUUAUCUGGAUAAACUAGGAUCGCAGACUAUAUCGAAAGAAGCUGAAAUGGGUGCUGCCUUUAUCAAUUUUGCAAAACUUCAAAAGGAGCUAGCAGCUUUAUCGAAACGUCUAGUCCAUAGUCACUCCAAUUUAGCCUCAUUGCAAAAUGAUGGUCACGCCAAAAGUGGCGGAAAGAACUCUAAGUUGGAAUUGAAAAAGGCCGUAGAAGCCAUCGAGAAGUUGAUUAAGGAUUACGAUUCAAAAAGAAAUGAAAGACGAAAACUCGAUAGUGAUCGCCAGCACGAGUCCGCUGAAUCUGAUUCUGACUCAAAGCGUCACCUGCAAAUGCAACUUUGCGACUAUUUCAUAAAAGUGAACGAUGCAAAAUUGAAACAAAGGAUAGAAUUUGUCCAACGUUUAGUUGACUAUUACCACUCUCAAGUUAGCUAUUUUCAGGAAGGGUUUGCAAUGUUAGAAGGCUUUAAACCCUAUAUUCAAGAAUUAACUAAAGAAUUAGCUACGGUAAAAGGCAAACAAGACGAAAUUAGAUCGCAUUUAACCGGUCUAAAUGCUACGUUGAAACAAUCGAAGACAUGUUCGGAGCAGAGCAAUACGAAUGUAUCGGGAUAUAGUUUACAUGGCUAUCGGGGAGACAAAACAUUUGGCUACGAAAAAUCUGGGUAUCUUUACAAAAAAAGCGAGAAAGGGAUAAGAAAAACUUGGCAUAAACGAUACUGUGCCAUAAAAAACGGAUAUAUGACUAUAUCAACAGCAGCGACUAGUCCUCCAAAGACAACAUUAAAUUUACUCACGUGUCAAGCAAAGGAUUGCAGAGAUCAAGAUGCUAAGAAAUGGAAUUUCAUGAUAUUUUCUAGUAGUGGUACUAUAACCUUCCAAGCUGAAGAUGAAUCAGAGUUAAAUCAAUGGAUAUCGGUAGUAGCUAACAGCAGAGAACAGGCACUAAAUCAAGCUUUUGAUAAGACCUAUAAUUCCGAGACGAUUAUUGAUAAAAGAAGUUCUAACGCCGUUAAAGAGCUUACAGACAGUAUCUUAUUUGAUAUCAAAUUACGGAAGGGAAAUAAUCUAUGUUGUGAUUGUAAUAGUAAAGAUCCGACUUGGCUUUCCACUAAUCUUGGAAUUCUAUUAUGCAUCGAAUGCUCUGGAAUACAUCGACAAUUAGGCGUUCAGUACUCACGGAUAAGAUCUUUAACUCUUGACAAUAUUGUAACAUCAGAAUUACUGUUGGCAAGGACUAUAGGAAACUACAGUUUUAAUGAAGUUUUUGAAGCGUCCCUAUCGCCCGAAGAUAAAUUGCAGUCGCCUAGCCAAAUGGAUGAAAGACAAAAAUUCAUAGAAGCAAAGUACAUUGCCAAAAGGUUUAUCUUACGAAAAUAUACUUCCGAAGAAUAUCUAAUUAAAGGAAUGGAAUCUGCAAUCGAGAUGUCUAAUAUUGAAGGACUUUUGCAAACGUUUGUUGAAGAUGCCAAUUUUACUGGCCCGCUACCAAAUUACAAUGAUGGAAGAAAUGCGUUACAUCACGCAAUUAACCGGGAUUGUUCGUUAUCGCUACACAUAAUUGACUUUCUUGCCAAAAAUAGUAAAGAUAUUAGUUACCAAAUGAUGAAUGGCGAUACGGCACUUCAUAUUGCUGCAAGAAGUGAUCAAUCAGAAUGCAUUAAGUUACUAGCUAAAGGUGGAAUAAAUCCUAACAUUACAAAUAACAAAAAAGAAACUGCUCUUGAUUUGGCUAAAUCGAGAUCGUGUAAUAAAUGUGUUGAUUUGUUAGAAAGUAUAAUGAACAACCAAUUAAGCUCUUGCGAUCAAAUUCAUGUAGAAGAUUGGGGCAUAAUGGCUGGCGAGGAAUCGAUAUAUGUUCAUUUACCAGCCCAGGAAGAUUUUAGUGACGACGAGUUAGAUGACGCCCGAUACUUAGAAACGAAGCAAAAAUCGGAAUGCAUCGCACCGAAAGAUAUCAGUCUUGAUUUAUCAUAUCGUUAUCGUUCUGGAUCUCAUCGAAGUGAUCAUAGCGGUCGAGUAGAUCAUCGAAGAUCCUUAAGCUUUGAUGAAAGUCUAGAUAAGAAACACACCGCAGUUAACAGAUAUACUAAUUCGAUAGUGGACAAUAAUAAGAGAUCUUCUUACUAUGACGGUAUCCUCUCAGAUAGUUCCCGGAUGUCGAACAUAAGAAGUCAUAGUAAUCCUUAUCAUAACUCAGCCAACCGUCAAUCAUUAUAUUUCAUGAAACCCGCUGGUGAUAAUAUCUACGAAAAUGAAACAAGCAGCAACACCUUGCCAAACUUAGCUUCGCAGAGUGGCGAAAAGUAUAGUAAUCCUUCUGAUCUUUUACCUGGUACUUUAGCUAGAAAAGGAAGGCAAAUUCGUGUUAAGGCACUUUAUGAUUGUGAAGCUGACAAUGAAGAUGAACUGUCAUUUCAAGAGAAUGAGAUUAUUAUCGUAACUAGUGAUUCAGAUCCGGAUUGGUGGAGCAGAUAUUUAGCACGCGUCAUUCUUGAUUUAUCUCUUACUAAAAAUCGUAUCAAGUACAAUUUUUACAAUUUUACAUGUAGUAGCUGCAGACAUUAA